CAGAUGAACACAUCACUACGGUGAUGUCUACGUUGACAGGACGGCUGCAGGAGUCCUGGGUAAAGCCCGUCCGCCCCGGCAUGGCAGCAGAACCUUCCCCCGGUCCCCGGGAACCCUCCCCCGGUCCCCGGGAACCUUCCCCCGGUCCCCCGGAGCGGUUCCUGCAGGAGGAGCUGGGCAGCGACCUGAAAUCCUCCAGGAAGGUGGAACAUCUGCUGCACAAGCUGAGAGACGAGAACGCAGCUCUGGAGGAACAGGUUCUGACGGUGUGCAGCUCCGUACCUCCUAAAGUGUCAGCAGCUCUGUCAGCUGCAGCCCAGGCCAGAUGUUCUCUGGAGGAUGUGCUGCAGAGAGAGCGAGGCAUCUCCAGCAGGCUGGAUCAGCACCUGCAGCGCGGCCGGCUGUGGGUGGACGAUCUGGGCCAGACGCUGAACCAAGUUGAUGCCAUAGAGAGACCCAUGAAGUACCUGCAGUGUCUGCAGCACAUAGAGGAGCUCAGCGCGUCCGUCCAGCAGUGUCUGAUGGUCAACAGCGUUUGGGACGCCAUCAAAGCCGUGGACAAGCUGGCGGCGCUGGACUCUGGACUGGGUCAGUCUGGCUGCCGUCACCUGCAGGACUUCCUCAGAGAAACCCUCUGUUUCUGGCACAACAUUGUCAAGGAUCGCCUGUCCAGUGAUUUUGAGAAGGUGCUGACUCAGCUCCAGUGGCCGAUCAUCUCGCCCUCCGGCCCGUCGCUGACGCCCACGCCCAACAGCCAGGAGAUCAGCAGCCAGCUAGAGGUGCUGGUGGCGCAGCUGCUGGCCCUGCAGACGUCUGAUGACCUCAUAUCUCAGAGGACGGCAGCUUCCUGUCAAAGCCAAGCUGCCGUCCAGACGGCGGCGGCGGCCGCGCCGCUAGCACCGGUCCCCGCCCUCUGUCUGCCCAUCCAGAUCAUGCUGCUGCCGCUCGCCAAGAGGUUCAGAUACCACUUCUAUGGAAACCGCCAGACCAACUCCCUCAGCAAGCCGGAGUGGUACCUCACUCAGGUUCUGCUGUGGAUCAGGAACAGCUCAAACUUCAUGGAGGAAAAGAUCCAGCCCGUGUUGGACCGAGCUGAUGCAAACAUCAGUGCCAAGGUGGAGUUGUGUCGAGGUCUGGUGUCUCUGGUCCAGGAGAAAGUAGCCGGCGACGCGUCCCGGAUGCUCUACGACGACGCGCUCUUCUGCCAUCUGGUGGAGGAGGUUCUGCAGUUCGAGAAGGAGCUGCGAGGCAACCAUUCCUACCCGGCCGUGUUCCCCGGGCUGCUGCACAUCCUGCUGGAUGACGCCGUCCUUCAGAAGUGGCUGGCUGUGGAGAAGAAGAUGGCCGUGGAGAAGAUGGACACCAUGCUGUCGUCAGAGGGAGCCUGGAGCUCCCAGUACAAAGACAUCAGCGACAUGGACGAGCUGAAGGCUCCAGACUGUGCUGAGACGUUCAUGACCCUGCUGCAGGUCAUCACUGAGCGGUACCGGGCCUUGCCAUGUCCGUCUGCACAGCUCAAGUUUCUGGGUCUGCAGAGGGAGCUGGUCGACGACUUCCGCAUCCGCCUCACUCAGGUGAUGAAAGAAGAGUCUCGCUGUCCGCUGGGCGUCCGUUACUGUGCCAUUCUUAACGCAGUGAAUUACGUUUCUACCAUCCUGAGAGACUGGGGGGACGAUGUGUUCUUCCUGCAGCUGCAGCAGGCGGGCAUCUCCCUGGGGGAGGAAGGGGUGCUGGGAUCACUGGGAAUGAUGGAGGUGGGUCGGCUGGCUUCUCUGGAGGGAUCUCUGUUCGACGGUCUGCUGGCUCUGCUGGACCGAUUAAAAGCUGACAUGCUGGGGAGACUGCUGGAGUCCCUCAUGAGAGAGAUCACAGAAAAAACCAGACCGUACCGCCAAGAGAGGUGGUUGUCUGUUCCAUCCCAGCAUGACCAGUCCACCAUGUCCCUGUCCAGCUCGGCGUGUCCCAUGAUGCUUUGUGUCCGGGACAGACUGCUGAACCUUCACCAGGUGUUGAGUUUCUCUCUGUUCCAGCUGGCGUGGCAGGGCCUGGCGGAGAGACUCGACAACUUCCUCUACCAAGACGUGAUCCUGUCUAACCACUUCAGUGACGGGGGAGCUGCUCAGCUUCAGUUUGACAUGACCAGAAACCUUUUUCCUCUGUUUGGUCAUUACUGCAAAAGACCGGAGAACUUCUUCAAGCACGUGAAGGAGGCGUGCAUCAUCCUGUGUCUGAACGUCGGUUCUGCCGUUCUGCUGAGGAACGUUCUUAAAGAGUCCGAGCAGGAAGUGAACGAUGGUGAAACUGCAGGAGACCCUCCUCCAGAGUCGGUUCUGAACGAGAUGGGCGUUUACUGCCUGGCGCCGUGUGACGUGUUAAUUCUGCUCCACCUGAGAGCGUCGUGGCCCGGACAGUAACCCUUCCCCUGGCGGCGCUGCUUCAUGUACUUAUAUAUUUGUAAUCAGUGAAAGAUUUAAUGUAUCAGCUCUUUACAGUAGGAUUGCUAAAGGUAAUAAAGUCGGAGUCUUCUAAACUA